AUGCAUUGGCUAUUCUUUGUUCUCUAUGAUAGAUUUGCUCAAUUUCUUCAAAUCCUCCCAUCAUGGAUUCUGGACGGUCAGGCCCCUGGUGUACCCAAGAAGUGGGCUAUUUGGACCCCAAGACUGAUUCUGAAGAGGAACCUCCACACAUCAUCAACACGAGAUCCGACUCAAAAGGGCAAGGAUGUACUUUGA